AUGAAGAUCCUGGACUCUCAGGUGGACGUGAAGCAGCAGCAGCUCUCAGACCUGUCAGAGUUCCUCCGUCGCCGUGGAGACAUCGAGUCCGAGUACGCUCGGGCUCUGGACAAACUCACCGAGAGGUUCACGCACAAGACCAAGAAGAAGGAGCAGUGGGGCCAGUCCGUGUGCCAGGUCUGGACCGUCCUCCUCACCCAGACUCGGUUGAUGAGCCGGGAGCAUGCAUCUCUGGGGGACACCUGCUGCAACACUCUGACCCAGCGACUAACGCACAGCACGGAGGACACACACCGCCUGCACAAGAGGAGUAAAGAAGUGGGAACCCAGAUGCAGGACGAGCUGCUAAAGGUCACCACUGAGCUUCAGACUGCCUUAAAGACAUACAACCAGUACCACACAGACUGUAUGAUCGCUGAGGGGAAGCUCAAGGAGGCCGAGCGAUCAGCUGAGCUCGGUAUCGGCCAAUCAGGAGGGCAGAGGCGGAGCUCCGUCAAGAAGAUAGAAAGAUUAAUGGAAAAGAGACACGGUCGAAUGCAAGAGACGCAGCUGAAGUGCACUAAAGCUCGAAAUGACUAUCUGCUGAAUCUGGCAGCAGCCAACGCCGCCAUGAACAAGUACUACCUGCAGGAUGUCAGCACGCUUAUCGAUUGCUGUGACUUGGGCUUCCACCAGUCUGUGGAGAGAGUGAUGAAAUACUACCUGACCAAUAGAUGGCGCAUUCUUAAAACAGAGGAGUGCGGUCUGAAGCAGCUGGAGACGGCGGUGACUUCCCUGGACCAGAGCGGAGACAGAGACGCUCUCCUGCAGCAGCACGACACUGCCUUUUGCCUGCCCUUUAGGUUCAACUACCACCCGCACGAAGGGGACCAGGUGUGUGAGGUCAGUGCGGAGAGCCAGGUCCGGUAUGAGCUCGAGACCCGCUUCCAGCAGCUCCAGUCCCGCCUCGCCGCUGUCACACUGGAAACCGAGGAGAUCAGUAAAACCCUCAAAGCCACACUCACUGCAUUGCUGGACAGUAUGGGCGACAGCGACAGUAACCCCGCCCCUGAUGUGCCAAGUAGCCAAUCACACGAGCCGCCUGGGGGAACCACUGCCCCUAAACUUGCUCUUGCCAAGCGUAGAGCCAAUCAGCAGGAGACGGAGACUUUCUAUCUCACAAAAGUGAAGGAGUUCCUGAUCAGCAGCUCCCUGUCCUCCAAACUUCAAGCCAAACAUGACCUUCUACAAGAUGCCAUACAGAAAGCUGAAGCUGUCAACAGUGACCCCUCCAGAGGGCAAUGCGCUCGGUCAGUACGCUUUCGGAAGUCCAGGCCCGUCUCUCAGUUCUGCCACUCACUCUUCAACACAGACAUUCUCUCCUACAUUCAGAGUUCUGGGCAGCAGAUCCCUGUGGUGGUUGAGAGCUGCAUUCGUUUCAUAAACCUCCACGGUCUGCAUCAUGAGGGAAUCUUCCGGGUUCCUGGAUCUCAGAGGGAGGUCAAUCUGAUCAGAGACGCUUUCGAGAGAGGAGAGGACCCGCUGUCGGACAGUGAGUGUGACCUGGACUCUGUGGCUGGGGUCCUCAAACUGUACUUCAGGGGCCUGGAACCUCCUCUGUUCCCCUACGACUCCUACAACCAGCUGCUCGACUGUGUCCAAAUCGAGUCGGUUCCGGACAAAGCUGCUCAGAUUAAAGCCAUCGUCUCCUCGUUUCCUCGGCCUCUGCUCAUCGUGAUGCGAUACCUUUUUGCUUUCCUGAAUCACGUGUCCCAGUACAGCGACGAGAACAUGAUGCAGCCUUAUAAUCUGGCCGUGUGCUUCGGGCCCAGUCUGCUGCGAGGGGUCGACUCGGAUGAUGCGGUCGCUCAGCAGCCGCAGGUCAACGAGCUGGUCAAGACCCUGAUCCUCCAGCACGACGUCAUCUUCCCCAGCCAAUCAGAGGUGCCCGGGCCCGUCUACGAAAAGCACAUGACGCUGGAGCAGGAAUACUGUGAACCAAUAACAGAAGAAGGAGACGGGGAGACGGAGCAUCUGCCCAGUGAAGAAGAACUGGAGGCUGUGGCCAUGUUUGACUACGCAGCCAGGUCUCCAGCAGAACUGUCCUUCAAACAGGGAGAGCUCCUCCUACUCCACAGCAAGGCCUCCUGUGAUUGGUGGAGAGGGGAGGCGAGUGGAGUCAAGGGCCUCAUCCCGCACAAGUACAUCAGUCUGCUGGACGGGACGGAGCGAGGAAAGAGGGAGGAGGGAGGAGGAGGUGGAGGAGGUGGAGGUGGGGGCAGCACUGGGAACCUGACCGUGGAGGAUCCAGCAGAGAACCCAACCAGGAUGCGUGUGAACAGCGACAGCGCAUCGUUGCCAGGACGACAGAGAACCAGUGAAGUCAGCCCAAACAGGAAGCAGGCGACGUCUCCAGCAACACGCCAUUUCCCAGUGUCCCAGGAACGGAGACACACCCUGGACACUCUGCGACAGGGGGGAUUCAAACCCACGGACAGACCCGGCUCCGUUCAGCCCGACAAGACUGCUAUCGACAAGGAGAUAAUAAGUCGUCAGAUGAACUCCGUGUUCAAAGAGCUUCUGUCCCGUCAGCCGGCGGCCCCUCCCUCUGCCCUGCCCCCAGCAGCCACGGCCUCCUCCAGCUCCACCACCUCCUCUCCUCUGCCGCAGCCCGUCACUAAGAAAGGAGGUUUUGGGCUCCGGGGCCGUGUCCUCUUUCGGCCCGUGGACUGA